UCUCUAAAGAAACCGCGGCUUCCAUAUUGAGAGGAUCUUCCACUUACUACGCACUUUGUAAAUAUCCUCGUUACACAACGCUUCAAAAUUCACAUGCCGGCGAGUGAUGCACAACCAGCGGUCAUGCACUUGGGCUCCGUGUUGUAGUCACUAUUCCCUAACUGCUCGAAAAUAUUUAAAUCUUGUGUCUUUGUAGUCAGUGACAGCAGCGACAAAUAUCGGCUGCAAAAGAAGUAAACAGAAAUUAUAGUUGCUAUAACUUAUUACCAAAUUUUACCCUUAAAACUUGCUUCACGAUUGCCUUUUACCGUUAUGUUGAUAAUGUCGCUUUUGCUUCCGUUUAAAUCGCUUUCAUUAAUCCUGUCGGCGCUGUGAACGAGAUUUUAAUAAUAAUGAUCGACAAUCGCUAUUUUUCUGAUUCUGGCCCUCUGUACGAUUUUCCCAAAAACAGCCGUGCUCCUUAUUCCUCGCAGAUCGCCAGAAGCCGCCUUUCGGCAACGGAACCGACGCAAAAAUUCGGCAUUCAUAGUGGAAGCAGCAGCACCCUUUCCGCCGAUUGGGAUGCCUGUAAAACAUACCCCGCAUUGCCCGCAAUGCACAAACCUUCUAGUAGUAAUUUAGAAAUGCACACCAUCCGACCUACUGAUCGCUUCAGUGACGCAACCAACCGUUCAAUAAACAUUGUCAAACCUGGAACCUGCACUUGCAGGUUAUGCGUUACCGACGUAAAAGGUCAUCCGCACAGUAUCGGCAUAUUCAGACACGCCAGCGCUUUGUAUGGGAUUCUAGUGGCAAUUACGGCGGUGUGCCUUACACUGACAGCACAUUUGACACACAACGUUGAUGCUACCCAUGCUCGAUGGUUUGAUUGUGCAAUGCUUAUCUCCGGAAUCUGCUUCCUGUUAUUCUCCAUCGCAUUUCUGUUCCGGAAACCAAAAAAGAAACCCGAACAUGCUCACAAAAAUUUUCCAGUACGGCAGAAUUCCCUGGGCGAGGCUUCUUCUGUUACGGACAACAACCAUUUAUAUGACAUUCCAACAACAUCGCUUCAUAAGCGUCAAAAUGAGUUUCCCAGCACAACGGAUCAGUAUAUUGCCAGCGAAACUCCGCCCGACAAAAUUUUCCAUACGGAAACUGAUAGCUCCAGCUUUUAUAUGAAAAUGGGAGCGCUGAUUUUUGCUGUUGGAUCGCUCAUAUACACGAGUUUGGAGAUAGGAGUGUUUGCUGAAAAUGAGUCCUGUUUCAAUAUCGUCAUGGCCAUGCAGCCAUGUUGUUUCACCGUCUACCUGAUGAUGCAAUUGUACUUCAUCUUUCGCACAUCAAAGUUAAGUAUUACCGAUUAUCGGUACCGGGCUGUCUGCUGGUUUGGAAUGAUUCACUUAGCCGCUACGGAUUUUUGUCUUUGGAUACGGAUUUUAAUUGACGAAACACAGCACGAAAUUAAACUAAUUGCGGAAAAGAGGCACAACAUUACAGAAAUGGGCUUGGAAGCACUGGCCGAAAGCGGAAGUGGUCCAAAUUACCGUGCGCCGUUGUGCGUGAAUGAGGAAUCCUUGAUGAAAGACAUGUUGGAUAAAGCCUCAAUUUUCCUGUAUCCCUGUAUAAUCGAGUACGCGCUUAUAACAGCUGGUGUUCUUAUUACGAUGUGGAAGGUCAUCGGCUCCCCUAAUAUAGCUGCCCAACAGGAAGUUUCCAGCCAUCCGCUAUACCAUUCACACGAAUCGCAAAGCCAGUUGUUCCGAUACUCCGUGGACUGUGAUCAGGCUACAAAAGGACUAUUUUCUGGCAUCACUACCGGCAUCCUGUCAGUUGUAGGCAUAAUCAUUUAUUUUGUAUACUCUGAAGAAAAGGAACUGUCCGGUGUGGCAGUGAUGACUUUCCAGAUAAUGGAAAUUACGCUAAAUGCCUUGGGAUUCUUGACAGCACUGUACUGCAUGGUUAUAUUUAUCAAAAAACUUCGACCUCGACAAGACAAGACCGAAACAGCCGAAUCGAAUCUGGAAAAUGCUCUCCUUAUGAUCUGCAUGAUCGGCGUUUAUACGUAUUCCGUGGUUUCCUUAAUGGGCUCCUAUAUGGUCGACACACUCCGAGAUGCGCUUUCCGUAACAGCAACUUUGCUGAUCCUGCUGGAGGCCACGGUUCAAACCGUUUUUAUUAUUGGCACUGGGAAGCGGUGCAUUGGAAGUGAUCCUGGAGUGGCAAAUUACAGAAAACCCGGUCGGGAAGCGCUAACAUUUUUAAUUUUGGUGAAUUUCGCUCUGUGGGCUGUGGACGUGUUUUGCCUUUUAAGGACGGAUUCCAGUCCGACCCAAAAAGAAUAUUUUGGAGAAGAGCAAUGGGCGGUUUUGCUACAUCUUUCAGUGCCUCUGGUAAUCUUCUUCCGAUUUCAUUCCACAGUGUGUCUUGUCGAUAUAUGGAAGAGGGCUUACAAAUUGAAGCGGAGAUCACACCCGGCAAAGAUAUUGCAAACUUAAAAUUUACCUGCCGUCCAGUGGUAACUUGUUUCACAAAGCAGAUAUUUCUACUGUUCAGUGCUCUUUUUCGAAAAAGGCUAGUUUGUUUAAUGUUGUACAUACUGAAUAAA